AACAAUUUGACAGAUGAUGUGGCUUAUCUUGAGAAUUUUAUAAGAUUUUUUAAUUGUAGAUUCGUUAUAAUGCAAAAAUGUUUGUGUUAAAAUUUAUUUUAUUGAUGCUACUUGUCUCAGUGCACCACUGUAGACUGCCUGAUAACGUUUACUGUGUCAAUGAAAAAUGUAGCAAACCGAUAUCCAAAGCGCGGACGCUCUUAACUUAUAACAGUGGAGACAGAGACCUUAUGUCUUUUCGUGGAAACACCGAAGCUUUGAUUUAUAUGAAAUCAGCUGGAGAACAUCCGGACUUAUGGUAUGCGACAAUCGACGGUAAAUCUGGUUUUGUUAGCUCUACAUUCUUAAGGGAAAGCACGAUUUUUGAAAAGAAUCCACAACACAUUAUACCUGUGCAAACGAGGCAAAGGGAAGAAGAGGUACAGCUAAAUGUUCAGCCUGAUAAGGUUCAACAAGCUCAUGAAGUGGUCGAAGGCACGACAAUAUAUUCUACUGAGCCAACUCCUGAAGUCCAGCAUGACAGCACCACUGCAGUGCCAAGUGUUGGCAAUGAACAAUCAACGUCUUCAAUUUCAAAUCAAGAAGAAAUACAGAAUCAAAAUGUGAAUGAAAACAUAUGGAAUUCAAAUGUUGCUGAAUCUCAGGCUCAACCAACAACUGAACCGGUUACUCCUGUUUCUCAAAGUGAGCAAGUGACUGUGUCCCCGGCUACAGUAGAGACUGACCAAACUCAAGAUGCAAGUAGCAUUCCUAACGCUAUUAAUGAGGCCAUUCCUAGUGUGGAAUCUCCAACCACUGAGACACCUGUCACUGAAACUCCUAUGCAACCAAUAGAAAUAUUGUCCAGUCAUAAUGUACAAGAAGUUGUAACCUCUACAGAAGCUAGUGUGCAAUCUACAGCAGACCCAAACCCAAGUGAAUUUUCAUCUCAAUAUUUGAAUGUAGAGCCUCAAGUUAAUCAAGAACUAUCACAAUCAGAUCCAGUGCCUUCACAGCCAUUAUCCAGUGCUGAAGUAAUAAGUGGAGAAACUUAUGAAGUGCCUAAAUCUAUGGAAUUCUUACCACAAAAACAGCCAGAAAUGACUGAUAAUUUUGAAUCAAAUGUUUCCAGUAAUUCUGUAAAUAUUGUAAAUACAAAUACUACAACUGAUAGUGAGAGCAAUGUGCCUAAUAUAAACAAUCCAAACCAACCUGAUAACCAAGUGCCUCAAGCCCAGUAUGACAAUUCAUUGUUUGGUAAUUCAUUCAACCAGGAUGGUGAAACUGUUAAUAAUGGCAAUAACCGAAUUCAAGAACCUGUAACACAGGAAACAAUUCCAGCAUCUGUUCCACAAAAUUCUCAAGAAAUACCUACAACUGAAAGUACUUUCACUGUACCCCAAAAUUCACAAGAAGUCUCGACAGAGACUACUUCAGCUAUUCCACAAACUUUUGAAGAUGUGCCUACCAUUGAAGCUGUCCCAUAUAGUUCUCAAGAGAUUCCAACUACACAAAGUACUUAUGAAAUUCCUGCAACAACAGAAACUAUUAGUUUUCCAACAGAAAAAGCUGAGAUUCUAAAUCCUCAAUCCAGCCAGGAGUCCAUUGACCCUUACACAUAUAGUACUGAACCUACUGUUGAACCAAAGACUGAACCUCCUGGAACUGCUGAUUAUUAUACCUAUUCUACUGAAGCUACCCCUUCAGCAGACAGUCAUAGUGUGACUCCGCCUUCUUAUCAUGAUUCAGAAACUACUUCAAAUGUACCUGUGAAUGAUGACACAUAUACUACCGUACCUCCUGAGCCAAGUCAAGAAGAAAAGGAAGGAUUCUUGAGUAAUAUGUUGUCUACAAUAUCUGAUAUGUGGCCUUCUACAACUGAAGUACCAUCAACAAAUGCAGAAUGGGUUCCAACUCCAGAUGUACAAACAGAAGAGACUGACGAAGGAUUUUCGUUUCUUAGUUACCUUUUCUCUGCAUAUAAUACAAUUAUGGGCACAACGGAAGAAAGCAAAGCAUUGUUUGCCUCUACAGGAGAGACAUGUUUCACAAAUGAGUACUGUGAUGGAGGGUCCUCUGAGCAAAGCAGUCGGUUAUUCACGUUCCUGGUGACCGCAGCUAGUUCUGUCCUCUUGUUCACCCUGGGUUAUUACUAUCUUGACGGCAGACGACAGGACAGUAAGCUUAUAGCUAACAUCAACUCACUGCAACGUGACUUACUUUUCUCAACAAAGGAGUGUGAGAUCCUCAAGGAGGAACUUGCAACUACUAAGACAAAGUUAGCUGGUAUAGAAGACAAUUCCUUUGGAAUGGAUGAUAUGGUGCAGUCAUUGAAGGAAGAGAUUGAAGAAUUGAAAGCACAGAACGAUAGAUUGCGGCAUUCUCUGGAUGACAAUGAGAAGUUACUCCGGGUAUCAGAAAACACUGCUGGCGAGUUGCAAAAUACUUUAGGAGAAGUGGAAAAUACUCUUAGUGAGCUCUUGGGAGAAAGAGCAAACGCUGAAGAGCAAAUUGCAGAAUUAAAUGGUAAAAUCCAAGCAUUUGAAGAGGAGUUAAUAUCAGUUAGUAGAGAUAGGGACAACUUCCAAUUGAAGUAUGUCUCUGCUGAAACCGCUUUAGAAGAAGCUAAGAAACAAACUAAACAUUUAGAAGAGCUUAAUGAGAAGCUGAAGGAGGCUAAUAAUACUAUCCAACUGCAGAAACAUGAAAUAACAGCAUUGAAGGAUGCAAUAAGAGAAUUGAAGAACGGCCUGUCUUCAAACAUUGAUGUUGGGUCACUGAUUGACCACACUGAAAUCAAAGCUAAGCUAUCUAAAGCUUUGGAAGAGAGGAAAUCCUUCGAGACCAAAUAUGAGAUAGAGUAUAAAGAGCGCACGCGCCUAUCGGAAGAGUUGCAAACUGCACAAGAAUCGCUUCGUACAAACAGCCAACAAGCGACCGAAGCUCUCACCAGACUUGAAGUCCUCGGGAAAUAUUUCCAGGAGCGAGAGAGCGAGCUGUUGAAGGAGCUUAGUACUAAAGAGUCGCUGUUUCUAAGUAAGCAAGGAGAGUCCGCCAGCACUGUUGAAAAGAUGGAGUUGUUGCAGCAAGAAAUUCAGAGAUACAAAGAAAAAUGCGACGCGCUGACAUUAGAACUAGCAGAGCAAGAGUCCAUGCGUCGCACCGCUGUGAGUGAGGUAGAGGCGCGGGCACACGCGGCGUGGCUAGAGGCACGUGCAGCGCGACGCGACGCCGACGCGGCGCGUGACGACGCCGCCGCUCUGCGGCGCAAGAUGGCCGCCAUGAGCGCCGCCGACGGCGCCGCCUCGCCGCACCGACAAGUGUCGUCGCCACUAGAAGCGGUGGAUGGCGGCGUGGUGCCACCGCCGCUACCGCCGCUGGCGUUCCUGCCGCCGCCACUGCUGCCGCCGCUGCCGCGCCCGCCGCCGCUCGGACGGCUGCCCUCGCCGCACCCGCCCAGGUACAACGACCGGCGCUAUUCUCCGGACAGCCGGUACUCCCCUGAGAGCCGGUACUCGCCAGAGAGCCGGUACUCCCCGGAGACGGUGCGCUACUCUCCGGAUAGUCGUUAUUCUCCGCGGUCGCGCCGCUCACCCUACUCCCCGCGACGACGGCGCUCGAGAGAUUUGUAUGACAACGGACGGGGGUCCAGAUCCCGGAACGGGCCGCCGCCGCCGCUCGACACGGAGACGGAAUACAACUCAGACAGCCCCUCGCGCGACCCGCGCCGUCGCCCGCGCUACUCAAGACACUCUGGUCCUAGUUCAGGGUCGGGAUGCUCAUCAGAAUCGGAUAAAUGAGACAGAACUAGUUUUAAAUUAGGUUUUUUAACACGCUUACGAUCUAGACAUUGUACAUUCUUAGGGUUUUUUCAAUUGCGGCCAAAAUAUAAUUUUAUCGGGAUUAUGAUUGAUUGUGUAGCGGGAAAGAAUUUAAAAAUGCAUUGCCUAAUGGUGCGUAUUGAAAUGAAGAAUGGAGUAGAAUGGAACUGAAAGGGUAGUUUUUUUAAUUCGCUGUUUCGAACGACUUUACGGUGGGUCGACAAAUAUGUUUGUUUGACAUUUACACUACAUGAUGGAGAUGGCAGAGAAGUAGAUUUAAUAAACUGAAUUUGAAUUUUUCUUUUGUUUUCUUAUUUAUUUGUAAAAAGAAGGCCUCACGGCAUUUUUCACAGAGAUUUCGUUUUCGCCAUUUUUCGAAUGCGCUGAGUCAACACUUUGUAAGACCGAUGAUUUUUGAUUCCGUGCGCAGGCGCGUAUAAGCGUUUUAUACGAUGGCUGCCCUAACAUGUCUUACUAGUUAUUUUAAUGUGGGUACAUGCUCUUUACUGUUUUCUUGGUAUCUGUGUAGUAUAUAUUUGAACAUGCAAUACAAUACCUCAACAGUAUGCCAAAUUAUGUUUGUUAUAAUUUUGCUAUUGCCACCUCCUUAAGAAUGCUCAUCAGAAAGACAAGGCUCAUCAAAAAAAAAGGUUAACCUUUUAUACAUAAAGACUGACAUUUUUUACUUGUCGUUAGCAGACUAGUCAAAUCAACAUAUUUGUCUACACACUGUGAGCAUAUUUGAAAAAAAUAUAUAAAAGUCGUAUUAAAAAUGUAUUAUAAGAUAUCUUCAAGCAUACGGUCUACCAACCACCUACAUCAAAGAGGUCUACGAUGCGUUAUGAGUUAUAUGAGGCAAAUGUUACUAACAUAGCCACUCAAUUCCACAAUUAUAUAUUUAUAAGGAUUUAAUAAUAAAUAAAGCGUAAUUGUCAUAGAUAAAGUCACGUAAGGUUUAAAUCCUAAUGCAAAUAAAUUACUAAAUUUAUAUUAAAAUAACACCAGUUACACAAAUUAAAUGGUUAACAAUAUUCAAUUCUAUUUAAAAAUUAGAAUGUUCAAUGCAUUUAGAGCACUUUGGGAUGAACCAAAGAAUUCUUUUCUCUUAAUCUUGUACCUGAUUUAUUUUUCUUCCUUCUAACAAAAUCAGUGACUUAAUAGAAAAUGUGUUCCUAGCGUUUGAUUCAUUAUCACUAAAAUAAUGUCUGCCAUUGUAUUUUAAGAUAGUAUUUCUAUAUUUUCUAAUAACAGAAGCCACUUUGUGACUGUAGGUGUUAACUUUAAUGUCAUCCCAUAAAUUGAGCAAUAAUAAAUUCAUAUGAAUUGUAUUAUCAGAAUCAUCUCACUAUAGCUAUAAAUGCAGCCUUUAAUUUAUUAAAUAAAAAAAUGUUGUUUUAUUAGUCAGUUAAAUGUAUUAUAAUUAUAAUAGAAAUGAUUUUUAAAUAAACAAUUUUAUCUAUU